UCGAUCUAAUGGCCCCUUCUUACACUGGCAAAUCCCUGUGUCAGGCUGUCAGCUACUUCAACCUUUGCAUAAUAAUAAUAAAGAAGACAACAAAACAAAUAGCUAGUCCUUGCCUUCUCAUUAUCGUCACUAUCAGAUCUCUAAAUCCAACUCCCCAUGUUAUUUCUUCUUCCGUUAUCUCCAAAAAUAAACGCUUCCUUUUACUAGAGAAAAUAGCAAUGCAGGUGUGGCUUUCACGGGCUUGAAAAUGAAUGCUGCAAGUAAACAAACGUCGCUGGAUUAAUUCUGUUGAUUGGUAAGUUCAAAUCUCCGCCCUCUUAAUUCCGAAUUUCGCUGUUGGAUUCUGGUCAAGAUGUUGUGUGCUUGCUCAGGAGAGCAAUUCAAAUUUGAUGAACCACAGCAGUCACCGGAGUCUCUGGCAACGAGGGAUUUCUCGGCGAGUGGGCUUUCGUCGAGGACAACCGGAGACUGGGAGUCUAAACUUGAGGAUAUUCAGGUGGAUGAAGCUGAAUCUACUCUCAAAGAGGCUCUCUCACUGAAUUAUGAGGAAGCUAGGGCAUUGUUAGGUAGACUUGAAUAUCAGAGAGGGAAUCUUGAGGCAGCCCUUCAGGUAUUCCAGGGUAUUGACAUUAAGGUUUUAACCCCCAAAAUGAUCAAGGCUAUUGUUGAAAGAAUUCACUAUAGAAAGCCACGGUCCAAAGGUGAAAUGGGGCCUCCAAGUGUGAUGUCUAUGCAUUCAGUGAGUCUACUUGUCGAAGCAAUCUUGCUUAAAGCAAAAUCACUCGAGGAACUUGGGCAUCACAGUGAGGCCGCAAAGGAAUGCAGAAUUAUUUUGAACAUAGUUGAAUCAGCUCUACCUAAUGGCAUGCCUGAAGGCAUUGGUGAAGACUGCAAACUGGAGGAGAUGUUUCACAAAGCAUUAGAGUUGCUACCUGCUCUGUGGACAAAGGCAGGCUUGCUUGACGAAGCUAUCGCUUCUUACCGUAGGGCUCUUUUCAGGCCAUGGAAUUUGGACCCACAGAUUUUGGCUAGUGUGCAAAAGGAAUUAGCUUCUAUGUUACUUUAUAGUGCUGUUGAAGCAAGGCAUCCCCUUCCAGCUGGCCCCCAGAGUAGCAUAGAGGAAGCAAUCCUCUUGUUGUUAAUACUCAUGAGUAAGGUGGCUGGUGGGGAAAUAAAGUGGGAUGAAGAAAUCAUGGAUCUUCUGACUUAUGCACUCUCAAUUGUGGGGCAGUUUGAGUUAUUGGCUGAGCAUGUGGAGCAGGCCCUUCCAGGUGUCUAUACGCGAGCUGAGAGAUGGUAUCUUCUUGCACUUUGUUACAGUGCUGCAGGUCAGAACGAAGCAGCCCUGAACCUGUUAAAGAAAGUUUCUGGUUGUUCAGAAUCAAAGAACAAACCUCAUAUCCCUUCCUUUUUGUUGGGAGCGAAGUUGUGUUCCCAAGACCCGAUGCAUGCUCAAGAAGGUAUCAAUUUUGCUCGUAAGGUGCUUGAUUUGGCUGAUCAUCAGAAUCAACAUUUCAUUGGUCAGGCACACAAGUGCCUUGGUAUUUGCUAUGGGAAUGCGGCAAGAGUUUCCUUGUCUGAUUCUGAAAGAUUUCUCUUACACAAAGAGUCUGUGAACUCUCUCAAUAAUGCAGCAUUAAAUAGGAACGAGGAUCCAGAAGUGAUGUAUAGCCUUGGGCUGGAAAACAUGCUGCAAAGGAACCUGGGUGCUGCUUUUGACAAUGCAAUUGUGUGUUCUGAAAUGAUGGCUGGAAACACAAUGAAAGGUUGGAAGUUAUUGGCCCUUGUAGUUUCUGCAGAGCAACGGUUCAGAGAUGCUCAAACAGUUGUGGAGUUUGCUUUGGACGCGGCUGAGAGGAUAGAGCAAUUUGAACUUCUUAGAUUGAAGGCUGUCCUACAAAUUGCUCAGGAACAGCCCAAGCAAGCAAUAGAAACUUAUAGAGUAUUGCUAUCUCUUAUCCAAGCACAACGGGAUGUCCAAGCCAAGAACCAUGAGCAAGCACAUAUCUUGAAGUCUGAGGUACUUGCAGAAAGAAACUUGGAACUAGCAGCAUGGCAAGAUUUGGCAGACAUUUACACAAAAAUUGGCUCAUGGAGUGAUGCUAAAAUUUGUGUGGACAAAGCCAAGUUAAUGGAGUUUCACUCUCCUAGAAGUUGGCACUCGACAGGAAUGUUGUUUGAAUCUCAAUCACUGCACAAAGAAGCCCUCGUUUCCUUUUCGGUUUCAUUGUCAGUGGAACCAGAUUAUGUUCCAAGUAUUGUUGCAACUGCAGAAGUAAUGAUGAAGCUGGGUACCCAGUCACUUCCCAUUGCGAGAAGCUUUUUAAUGCAUGCGUUGAGAUUGGACCCGACAAAUCACGAAGCAUGGUUAAAUCUUGGUUUGAUUUCAAAAAUGGAGGGCUCUCUAAAACAAGCGGCAGAAUUUUUUCAAGCGGCACAUGAACUCAAGUUGUCAGCUCCCAUUCAGAGCUCUCUGUGAUGGCGAUUCAAAAAAUUAUUCUAUGCAGAGGUAUCUGGACAAGGGCACCAUGGCCACACGACUAUCGCCUGGUGCUCAUUCCACUCGUAGUUUAGUUAUCAACCCAUCUGAUUAAAUUGUAUAGGAAUCCUACUGUAUCCUUGAGGUUGAGGGACUAUGUUUAUAGCGAAGUGUAUUUAACAAUUGACUUGUUCAAAUGGACCAGAGGGAUGAGGAUAAUGGCUAAAAAUUGCCCCUGAAUUUGAUCAAA